AAGUGUUUUCUGAGUAGCAACAGAAACUGUUUUUCAAGAGUUUGCUUUAGAAAGUUGAGUUGUUUGGCCAAACUUUUAGUUACUCGAGGCGUUAUUUGAAAGAGGCCAAAAAGUUGGCUCUCUUUACUUUAAGAGCAUAUUGAUUCCAAAAGCUUUGGUUUUUCCGACUCCAAAAUGGAAACAAGGAAUCUGUGAAAGAAUGCAUCUCGUGUUGAUGUGGUAAAUCUGUCUCGAGAUUGAGUUCUGAUUAGCUCAAUGAAGACAGAGGGUCAGGGAAUAGAUGUACUGGAGAAUACGAGCGAUGCACAUAAUAGAUUGCCUCGUCCAAUGAUCCAGUCUAUUUUCUCAGGAUUCCAGGAAAAGGUCCAAGAGUGUGUUAAGUCAAAUUUCAAAAGAUUGAAAAUCGCUCAUGAUAAAUCAAUCAUGAGAGGUAAUAACAGAGGAGCAGCUGUAGUCAUAGAUGUGGAUAAAGAGAAGCAAUUACAAUCUUGGAAAGAGAACCCGAGUUGGGUUGAUCCCCCGCCAAAUGUAAAGGUAAGUGUACCCAAAGGUUCUCUUUGCAACCUGAAUGUGAAAGUUAAUAUUGGACUGCCCCCAGAUACCGUGUUUGACAUUGUAACCGACCCUGAAAAUAGAAGAGUCUUCAAGAAUAUCAAGGAAGUAUUAUCAAGGAAGGUGUUGGUUGAUGAAGGUUCAAGGCAAGUAGUGGAAUUAGACCAAGCCGCAAUAUGGAGAUUUCUUUGGUGGUCAGGAACAAUAUCUGUUCAUGUAUUAGUUGACCAAAACAGAGAAGACUACACGAUGAAGUUCAACCAAGUGAAAACUGGAUUCAUGGAAAGAUUUGAAGGUCGUUGGAAAGUAGAACCCCUGCUUGUUGAUGAACAUCUUUGCCAUCCCUUCAAACCUAAGACGUUAGCGGAUUACAUUUCAUAUACUAAAGGAAAAGGAAGGAUUGGAUCAACGGUUAGCUUGGAGCAACUCAUUCAACCAGCUAUUGUACCUCCUCCUCCCAUUUCAUGGUAUCUUAGAGGAAUAACCGCCAAGACAACGGAGAUGAUUAUAACAGACUUGGUUGCUGAAGCAGCUAGAAUACGAGGAUCUUCCAGUAACGAUGGUUCCCAGGGUUUGAAGGUAAACGAAGAAUCCUCCAUUGAAUCUCAAGUAAGCGAUAUUCGUGAUAUAAAAGAAAGGUGGGCCUUAAGAAGGAGAACAUCAAGGCAUCAUCGAAGAUCAUCUUCGAUUGCCAAGUAAUUGUUGAGAGUACAUUCUUUGUUGUAUCAUAGCU